AAGUGGUUUCCGUGUUAGCCAACUUGCUAGUUUUCCUUCAAAAAUUCGAGCACCGUCACAGCUCCUGUCGUCCUCCUGCUUUCUGCCCUGGCAAACAACUCUACAGCUCUCAAAACAGAUUGAAAAUGUUGUCCUACAUUAUUGGCCUGGUUCGAGGCGGUUUUGACGCAAUCCUCAACCUCAUCUUUAGACUUCUCUUCAAGAAAAGACUCGCGAUCACCUUGGAGGACCCAAACAUCAAGUAUGCUCUGCGGCUCAUUGACAAACAGAUCGUCAGUCAUGAUACAAGGAAAUUCCGCUUUGCCCUGCCGUCUCCUAAACACAUCCUUGGCCUCCCUAUUGGGCAGCAUAUCUAUUUGUCUGCCAAGAUAAACGGGCAGCUGGUUGUCCGCCCGUACACACCGGUGUCCAGCGACGAUGACAAAGGCUUCGUGGACUUGGUGGUGAAGGUUUAUUUUAAAGACGUUCAUCCUAAAUUCCCAGAAGGAGGGAAGAUGAGUCAGUAUUUGGAGAGCCUCAAGAUCAACGACACCAUUGACUUCAGGGGACCCAGUGGCCUCCUCGUUUACAAAGGAAAAGGCGUUUUUGAGAUUCAGCCUGAAAAAAAGUCUCCGGCUGUGACGAAAACGGCUAAAACUGUGGGCAUGAUCGCUGGAGGAACAGGGAUCACCCCCAUGCUGCAGCUCAUCACCGCAGUGAUGAAGGAUCCUCAGGACCAAACCGUGUGUCACCUGCUGUUUGCCAACCAGACUGAAAAGGACAUCCUGCUGCGAGAGGAGCUGGAAGAGAUUCAGGUCAACCAUCCGGACCGAUUCAAGCUGUGGUUCACCGUAGACAAAGCUCCUGAAAACUGGGAGUACAGUCAGGGCUUCAUCAGUGAGGACAUGGUGAGGGAACACCUGCCUCCUCCCAGUGACGAUGUCCUCAUCCUGAUGUGUGGACCUCCACCAAUGAUCCAGUUUGCCUGCAAUCCCAACCUGGACAAAGUCGGCCACUCCGCCGGCCACAGAUUUGUUUUCUAGACACUGAGGUGGAGAAGAGGUUUAAGGGGCUCCAGUUACGUCACAGCCCUGAAGCACUAAAGCAGCAGGUAUUGCACAGUGUAUGCCAUGAUGUAAAUCGUACGACACAAUCUCAGCAAGGACCAAUUUACAGGGGAGGGUGAUGGAAAGUCGGGAUGUGGAGUCAAAUGGGAUUUUUCUGAAGAUAGAUCAGGUCUUUAAUGUGGAAAUGUUGUGACUUCAGGUUGUUUUAGAGGAGCGGAGGUUUGACUGUUGCGAGUGCCUUAGCACCGAUGAAGCUUUAUUAAUGUUCUUCGUUAGCGUCGCUUGCUUCCACUGUGGCUGUCAGAAAAUGUUAUAACUGCUUGUGUUCAGUAUGCAACAUAAAAUAAAGUGUUACGGAGUUAUUAGUGGUUUUACUUGCUCCAACACCUGGUGGGACAGAGGAAAAGUUACACAACUGAUGCAUUUAUUACUUUUAUUAACAAAAACACAAUAAGGACACAUCGUUGCAUAAAGACUCCCAAACAUGUAUUUAAAUAUGUGGAUCUGAACCACGGAAACUUGUCAGCAUGCAUUUAACAGUUUAUA